AAACUCGCUCGCCCUAUCAAGACGCAGCAGGUUUCCUGUGAGAGAGAGAGAGAGAGAGAGAGAGGGUGAGGCCGAGUCGUUCAGUGAAGAAGAAACUUUACACAAGAGAAGAAGAAUAAACUGUGGAAGAGUCAGGACGAGUGGACUGAAGAUUCAUCCUCCGUGUGGGAAGAUGGCGUUUUGGUUCAGCUCUUGUUGGAUUUACCUUUGGAUCUUGGUCUGGGCCGACUCGGCUUCACCGCCUCACUACAGCGUGCACCGCGGCCGGCUGACCUUCGACCAGGCCACGCAGGCCUGCUCCCCCGGGGGCCUCACCCCCCUCGCCACCCGGCAGGAAGUCGACCACGUCCUCGAGCUCGUCUCCCAGCUGCUGUUGCCUCAGAGUGAAUUCACCUUUUGGGUCGGAUUGAAGAAAGCCAAGAACAAAUGUGUUGUCCCCGGCUCGCGGCUCCGGGGCUUCAGUUGGGUGCAGGACGACAGCGAGGACUCGCCGCUGCUUCCCUGGGCGAAGGAGCCGCAGCACACGUGCACCACGCUGCGCUGUGCGGUGCUCCAGGGGAAACUCGACGGGCGCUCUGUGAGCAGCUGGGGUCUGAGUCCGGUCUCCUGCAGGGAAAGUUCAGUUCAUCAGUUCAUCUGCAAACUGAGAGACGGACAGACCAGACGGACGCCGGAGGACGGAACGUCCACCGUCGAACCUGCAUCCCCGGGACCAGGACCACAUGAAGUUAAACCAACAGAGCUAGAACCCCCUGAAACUGGAUCUGAGCCUGGACCUGACCCUGGACCUGACCCUGGACCUGACCCUGGACCUGACCCUGGACCUGACCCUGGAUCUGACCCUGACCCUGGACCUGACCCUGGACCUGACCCUGGACCUGGACCUGACCCUGGAUCUGACCCUGGACCUGACCCUGACCCUGGACCUGACCCUGGAUCUGACCCUGGAUCUGACCCUGACCCUGGACCUGACCCUGGACCUGACCCUGGACCUGACCCUGGACCUGACCCUGGAUCUGUGGCGGUAUCGAACUUGUGUCAGCGUCCAGUAAUCCCCAAAACACGCUCUCUCAGUCUGGACCACAACAACACCCGGAUCCGGGUGGAGUGCUGGUCCAAUGAGCAGCUGGAUCUGUUCUGCGGGGGUCGCCCUCCCGUGUGGCGUCUGUUGGACCACUCCCCCGCCAACCUCACCGUCCUCUGCCAGCCGUGCAGGGACGGCUUCCAGAAAGACGCCUCUGGAAACUGCGUGGAUCUGGACGAGUGCACCGGCGCCCCCUGUAGGCACACCUGUGUGAACACAGAGGGCUCAUACAUGUGCGUCUGCCUGGACCAGGACGGGAGACCCCAGGACGAGGGCUCAGCGGCGUGCACGCACACGCUUCCCAGCGAGGACAGCGGGUCGGUCUGGGCCGUCCUGAUCCCGGUGCUGGCGGCCGUGGCGACGCUGGUGGUGCUGGUCGUGGUCGCUGCUCUGACUGUGAAGUGCUGCCUGAAGAGAAGCGCCAGGAGGCGGAGUCUGAAGGAGUCGGAGAAGAUGGGGAUGAAGAAUGGAGGCAACCAGGCCUGAUCAGACCUG